AUGCAAUUGCUAUGGGAGCCGCAAAGUGUGCAAUGGAAAAUUGCAAUUCUAAUUAUCGCAUUAGUCUUCGACGUGUCGUGCAUAAGAAAUGGCAACGGUGACGAACAGCAGAUUUCCGUGAAGUUGAAAAACUUCUUUCCCUCGGAGCAGAUAGCCGAGGGACAGAAUCCCACGGAAACUUCCGCCAGAGUGACUUCGGGCGGUGGAUUUAGACCCUCCCAAAUGCUGGACUUCACGCCCUCGGAUGUGAUGCCCCAAGGCGGGUUCAAUCGCUAUCCCCCAAGCUAUUUGGAACCAAACUACAGGCACGAAGUGCCCAACUCCCUGGGACAGCAGGCGGCAUCGGACAAGCAGUUCUCCUUUCCCCAGGAAUCACAUCCAGUGUUCCAAAGCACUCCACUGCCCACAACGCCGGUAGUCAGCUACCUGGAUCCGUAUACCCAGCAGAACUAUCGCUAUACGCCCACCCCACCCUCCAUAAUUCAAUAUCAACGGGAGCAGCCGGCUCAAGACGACCAGGUCUACACCGUACAGUCAUCCCUGCUGGUGGGCAAUCACCAGCAGAACCACCAACGUCCUGGCCACGUGGAUGAUGUGUAUCUGAAGCGACCCGGCUACGUCUUCGACGAGAGCCCCGCCCCCUCGUACCGACGACCCACAAGGCCACCGCCUUCGCUACCAGCACCACCCACCACCGCCUCGCACAAAAUCUCCUAUGAUAGCCAUGAUUACCCACCGCCCAGCUAUGCGGCCGAGCAGACCUCCAAUUUCGUGCCCCAGCAGCCAAAGCAGCGACCACUGUACCAACGCCAAGACACCAAUGCAAACCGAGGGGGCGGAGGUGGAGGUGGGGGUGGGUCAGGCGGAGUGGGUGGUGCACCAUCUAAGGGCUCGUCUAAUUAUGCAAACAACUUUGAUAAUUAUUCGCAGCGGCCGAACCCACAGCAGGCUCAGAUACAGCAUCCCAAUCAGAUUCAGUCGCAGUUCGCCAACUAUCAAUACAACCCCCAGAAUGGAGGUCUUGCAGGAGGAGCAGGAGGAGCAGGAGGUCCAGGAUCUGGACUACCCCAGCGACCCAGACCGGGACAUAAUUACUACGAGUACCAAAUUGGCGAGAUACCGCCACCGCAGUCCCAGCACUUCCAGCAGCCGCAGCAGCAGUUCAACUAUCGUCCUGCCACUCAGUCACCGGGGGGUGGUGGUGGUGGCUCCGGGGGCGGAGUGGGCGGUGGUCUGGCCACCCUGGCCUCGCUGUAUGCACCACAAUUUACGAAUCUCCUCCUGGGGGGCGGUGGCUCCACUUCCCCCUCCGCCUCCUCGCAGUCGGCCAGCCCAUUAGGCAGUCUCCUCGGCGCUUUCACCGGCACACAAGGAGCAGGACAGCAGUCCGGGGUCCUGGGAGGAGGACGACCGCCCAACACACAACUCAUUAGGGCACUGGAGAACAUCGCUCGCAACGACGAUUUGCAGUGCGUGCCCAAGGUGCUCUGCCAGAUGAUUGCCGGUCAAACGUUACGUGGCCAAUUGCCCGGAUUCGUUACCUCCCCGGCCAUUACCAAUUUCCUCGCUGGAUUCCCUGUAGCAUCACCUGCCUUGAUAUACGGAAGAGCUGCUCUUCUUGGAUUAAGUGGUGGCGAACGUAGUUGCAUCCAGACCUAUGCGAAAUGUCCCAAAAAUGAUAUGGAAAUCAUUCACUAUUUGAACAACCAUCGCGGCGGAUUCUUCAAAUUCUUCAGUGAACCGGAGGAGACGCCUGUGGCUUCUCAGCAAUCGGAUGGCGGUUCAGGAUCCUUGUUUAGCAUCCUGUCAGCUUUGACAGGAGGUGGAGGAGGAGGUGGAGGCCAAAGUUACACCACACCACGACCCGUGCCCCGACCCACUCAGAGACCCUCCACGGAUAUAGCCAGCGGCAUCGGUAGCUUCUUCACCCAAGUGCUUUCCGAAUACCUGAAUGGAGUAGAGUACCAAAGAAGGAGAAGAAGGAGGAGUCUCAAUGUGGAUGAUGACUUCCAUGACGAAGAGGACAAUCUGGACACCCAAACGAGUCAGCUGGUGAAGUUUCAGGAUGAUGAGGAAGAGGAGGCUGCCAAGGCCCACACAGAACUCAUAGGUGUCCUGCAGUUCCCCGAAGAUGAAGGCGAAGGUCGGGUGAUCAACUUUAAGGACAUUCAAAGUGAGGAACAGCACGAAGAAGGAGCUGUCCGCUUUCCGGAUGCCACGCCAGCGGAUGUCAUCCGGGAUUUCAACCGCGAUGCUGCCCAACGAAAGCUGAGAUUUCCCCAGGAUCAAGACGAACCAUCCACUAAUGUCCGAAAAGCCAAGGACCUAUCUUUCAUGGAUGGCUGGAAAGUUGUCCUGCCAAAUGGCCUUUCACAAUCUGACUUGGGCGUAGAUAAGCGGAGGGGCAAAAGGAUUGUGUUUAGGGACACCAACGAGCAUCUGGAUGAUCAGAGGUUGCAAGAGGAGCAAUUCAGAGAAGCUGAACUGAGAGAAGAAAGAAUCUUAGAGGAACAAUUCAGGGAACAACAGAUAAGAGAAGAAAUUAGACAGCAACAGCUGCAGGAAGAGCAACUGAGAAAUGACCAAAUCCGGGCAGAGGAGCUACGAGAAGAUCGAAUCCGGAAGGAACAGCUGCAGAUCCAGCUCAUCCGAGAGGCUCAAAAUAACCAACAGUCCUUUAAAGAAGACACUUCUCCUCCAAAUGCAGUUUAUGAGGAUGCAGCUCCUCCGCAGCGAGGGGCUCGGGUUAUAUUUCCCGAUCACUAUGAACAGCACAUUCGGAAGGGCAAGAUCCUUAAUCGACCCACCUAUGCCCCCACCUACGAAUAUAAUGAGGUGGGAGAAGCCAAGGAGGAUCGACUGGUGGUGAGCGAUGAGCAUAGGCCCCACAACCACUACCGGUUGGAGGGUGGAUUCAACUCCCUCAACUACGGAGAGUAUAUGCCGGGGAACAUGAUUCGCUUUGAAAAUCCCACAAAUGAAAGACCCCAUUACAACUAUCCAAAUGCAAACUAUAUCAGCGAUAAUCGUUAUGGCAGUAGUCAAAAUCAAAAGCCUCAAUACGAAGAUGACAAAAAUAUAUAUGUUACCAACUCGCAGGGGGUCAACGAGUACUAUAUCCGUCCUGAUGGGAGUAAGGUGUAUCUUAAGACAGGUUUGGUUAACUAA